GCGCGCACUCUCCGGAGUGCAUUCACUCAUCGCGUAAACACCACAAGAUUACUACGUACACCGUAUUUCCUACAUUAACUACUUCGAGAUAUUUCUUUGUGUCAUAAAAAUUACGUGAAAGAUUCGUGUACAAGUAGAGAGAUCGUCAGUGAUUUGUGUCAAGUUUGUGAAGUGUUGUGCGCCCUAGUUAUUUAUUGAAGGAUUAAGAAAUAAUUGGUACGAAGGUUAAAUUUCAUCAUAAUGGACGCAACAAUGGAAAACAAGAUGGGUUUGCCGCCACCAUACGAGCAGACAAUGCCUAACCCUGUUCCACCACCUUCAUACUUCGGAGACAAUCCUCCACCGCCGCCCGGACUAGUGAUCCCACCCAAUACGACACCUCGUACGACAGUCAUAACCUCAUCUCCGGGUGCAGGGCCGCCCGGGAAACUGGGUCCGGGACCCACGGGCACCACCUGUCAAACGUGCAACAGAAACGUCGUCACAAGAGUAGAGUACGUGCCUAACAACAGGACCCACAUCAUAUCUGCCGCCCUCUGUGUUAUUUCCAGUUGCUGCUGCGGUUGUUUUGUGCCCUAUUGCAUGAGGUCCUGUAAAACAGCCAACCACUACUGUCCUCAAUGCAAGGCGUUUGUCGGCUCCUACAUACCAUCGUGAUUCUCUACGAUACACAUGAUCUCCAAUAUAUUCAAUCCUAACCUUCGCCACUUAGAUCGUAUGUUGCAGUAAACUGAUACAUUACAUUAUCAUUUUAAAGAUCUAAUAGGUAGUAAAAUGUUUAUAGUAAGUAUAUGUUAAUAAACUUUAACACGUAUAUAACGAUAUAAGGAAAACAAUCUUCAAUAUUAAUUAUUUAGAUGCAUUAAAAAAAUAUAAAAUGGUUAAUCUUUAACUAAUAAACUUAAUGAAAUUAUCAUGGCAUACAUAUACCAACCAACUGAUGCAAUGAAUUAGAUAAUGUGGUCAUGUAAUAUUUAAUACUCAUAUUAAAAAAGGAAACAAAUAUUAUUUCUAAAUAGAGUUUGUAUUCACAUAAAAGCCUGGUUGUUAUAAACAUUAUUUAAGUUAAUGUAUAAUUAUAACAUAUUUCUAAAAUUUAUCAAUGAUUACAUCAUUUUGUACUGAUAUUAAGGAUAUACUUACGGAUAACUACAACUUUAACUUGUUUGCAAGGUAUUCACAUGAUCUUCGAUAGACAAAUAAAAUAUUUCUUAUAUCUAUAUAAAUAUUGGCAUUAACAAUUGUAGUCACAUUGAUUUCUGUGAUAUUUAUUACAACCACUCACGAAUUUUUAGAUACUUAAUUGAGAACUAGAUACAUGCAACUAAAAUAAAUACUUAGAUUCUAGUUUAUAUAUUAUUAUAUUGUAAUAAGUUUUUAUAAUUGUUUUAUAAAAUAAAUUAUAAUUUUUAUUGAUUC